GACUGUUGGAACAUUGACAAGUUUUCAAAAGUACUGUGCUAAUAACAUUAAUUAUUUAUUAAAUGUUAUUAAAGAUCUAAAUGUCGUUUUGAUUUGUAAAAGUAUUAAUAAGAAUUUGAAAUCAAAUUACAAUGGAUCUAAACGUAAUUAUAUUCUAAAUAUCUCGGAAAAUGGAGAAAAUAUGUAUAAAGUUGAAAUAUUUGAAGAUGGUGUUUCUAAAAAUCAAAUACAAUUAGAAGUAAAACCUUUUGUUAGGCUCUCUAAGUAAAAAAUUUUUGAUUAUGUAUGCAAACCAAUAUACAUGAAGUUAUUUGUUAUAAAAAUUUAUUUUCAAGCCAAGGUCAUUAUAAUUGAGAUAUAUUUAGUUUAUUAAUCUUUGUUUAUAACGGGUGUUGGUUACAUUUGAUUAAACAAGAAGUGAAAAAGCUAAUAAAAUGUUAUUUUUGUUAUUAAUAGUCUUAUUAAUUACAUUAAUUUACUACAAAGUUAAACAAAAACAUUCUCAUUGGGAGAAACUUGGUGUAAAACAUUUAAAACCAACGUUUUAUUUUGGCAAUUUCGAUCGUGUUAUGUUCAGAAUGGCAUCGUUUAAUCAGGAAUUGAUAAGGGUUUAUGAAUCAUUUCCGAAUGAAAGGUAUGUAGGAAUGUAUAUGUUUACAACGCCUAUUUUAAUAAUUCGUGACCCCGAAGUAUUAAAAUCGGUUUUUGUUAAGGAUUUCGAACACUUUGUUGAUCAUAGACCGAUUGUGCCAGAAAGUGCUGAUCCUAUUUGGACUAAAAAUCUAUUUACAUUAAAAGGAGCAGCUUGGAAAGAAAUGCGUUCAACUUUAAGCCCGACUUUUACAUCAAGCAAAAUGCGACUAAUUUUUGUUUUAAUAACAGAAACCGUUCAACACCACAUUUCUUAUUUAACUGAUAAUAAAGUGGAUAAAAUUGAAUUAAUCGAUACAUUCGAACGAUUUACAAAUGAUGUAAUAGCUUCGGUAGCUUUUGGAAUAAAAUGCGAUUCAAUAAACGAUAGGGACAAUGAAUUUUAUGCCAUGGCAAAAAAAUUUACUACAAUCGGUUUUAAAGAAACUUUAGUUUUUAUAGCUUACUCAUUAUUUCCAAUGAUAUGCAAAUAUCUAGGGUUAAAUUUAUCACCAAACGAUGCUAGAAAAUUUCUUUACGAUGUUAUAGUUGAAACAAUAAAAAUCCGUGAAAAAGAUGGAACGAAUCGACCGGAUAUGAUCACAUUAUUGAUGGAAGAAAAGAAACAAAGAGAAAAAUUGAACGAAAAACCUUUAGGAAACGAAGAAAUUGUGGCUCAAGCUUUUAUCUUUUUAUUUGCGGGUUUUAACACCGUCGCAAACGCUUUAUCUUUUUGUAUUUACGAAUUAUCAAGAAAUGAACAAGUUCAAAGGAAGCUACAACAAGAAAUUGAUGAAACAUUAAGUAAAAACGGAAAAUUAACUUACGAAAACUUAAUUAAAAUGAAAUACAUUGACCAAGUUAUUUCGGAAACUUUUCGGUUAUACUUACCAGCUUUAGCCUUUGAUAGAGUUUGCACAAAAACUUACACAAUUGAACCAAAAAGUCCUUCAGAAAAACCUUUAACAUUAAAUCCGGGCGAUUUAGUUUGGGCGGCCAUUCCAGGUUUACAAAAAGAUAAAAAUUAUUUUCCAAAUCCCGAAGAUUUCGAUCCGGAACGGUUUGCUGAUGGUGUUAAUUCAUAUGCUUAUAUGCCGUUUGGAAUAGGACCAAGAAUGUGUAUUGGGGCUCGAUUAGCUUUGAUGGAAAUCAAAACUUAUAUUAUUGAGUUGUUAUCAAGAUACGAUGUGACUUGGAUUCAUCCUGAACCAGCGAAAUAUAGCAAAAAGUCUUUUGAAUUGAGAUUUGAGGGAAAUGUUUGGGUUCAAUUAACACCAAGAAUAAAAAAAUAAAAAAUAAUUUUUAAGAAUG